AUGGACGAUGAUUGGGAUCUUCAGGCGGUGGUGAGAGGCUGCUGCAAAACCUCCACCUCUUCCGCCACCUCCUCCACCGUCACCACCACCACCACCUCCGGCGGCUCUCAGCUCUUCAGCAGCUUCAAACCACAACAAGAUGUGAACUUUUCUUCCUUUCAAGAUCUGUUGGAGCCAAGAAAACAGAGCUUUUUUGAAGAUUUACAGGAUCUCUACAAACCUUUUUUUCCACAAAACACAACAAUUUCACCACUCUCUGUUCUUGGAGGAUUACAAGAUCUGCCACAGCAAACACAAAUUCAGCCUAAACAAUCUCUCGUUGCAGUAAAAAGUAGUACUUCACAUACUCCAAGCCCAAGAUCCAAAAGAAGGAAGAAUCAUAUGAAGCGGGUUUGUCAUGUACCUGCUGAUAGCUUAUCUAAUGAUAUGUGGUCUUGGAGAAAAUAUGGGCAAAAACCCAUUAAAGGGUCUCCCCAUCCAAGAGGAUACUAUAAAUGCAGUACUUCAAAGGGGUGUCUGGCCCGGAAACAAGUGGAGCGGAAUAGAUCCGACCCAGGGAUGUUUAUUGUUACUUACACGGCGGAGCACAACCACCCUAUGCCUACUCACAGGAAUUCUCUCGCCGGAAGCACCCGCCAGAAGACGGCGACCACCCGAAGUGCUGAAACUGAUGAUGCUGACAAACCCACUUGCUCAACGCCGGUAUCGUCGGCGGAGAGCCCCUCGUCGGCGCCGGAGAAGGUGGAGAGCAGCAGGGAGGACAGAGAGGACCAAGUUGAAGGUGAAGAUGAUGAAUUUAGUGUUUCAAACAUGGAAUUAGAUGAUGAUUUCUUUUUGGGUUUGGAGGAAUUCACCGGUCCGGAUGCCGGAGAUUUGCUUCCCGAUCAAUUACCGGCGACUUUACAAUUUCCUUGGCAUGCCAGUAAUGCAACAACCACCGCCGCCGGCACUAGUUGA